GUGGUCUUGCAGGUGGAUUUGGAGACUUUCCUGGGCGUUUCGAAGGCGGCCCGCGUGGCUGAAGAUCUGGGCAAGAUGAUGGAAGAGGUGUCCAUGCUGACGUCCAACGACGCCCGAGCCAUUGAACAGAUGAGCGAGGAGGAGAUCCUGGCUUGUCUGGUGGCCGAGGCAGGACCGGGAUUCAGGGUCCCCACAAAGAAAGCUAAACUUCGGGACUUCCAGCUUCAGAUAACGGAUAAUAAAGAAGACCCUUUGGACAAGUACCUGAAGGAAAACCACCGGCUCCAGCAGACCAGUCUUCGCCUGGAGCAGGAAAAUGACAGUUUGGCCCACAGACUGAUCAGCAGCAAGGUUGCUCUGAGGAGAGCUCUGGACACGGCAGAAGACAGAGUGGAUGAACUAACCAAAGACCUUCUGAGGACCAGACAGCAACUGCAGGCUACAGAAGAGGAGAAAAUAGGAAAAGAGGAAGAGGCUACCUUGCUAAAGGAAGUGUUUCGACGGGAGCUGGAGCAGACUGAGCAGGAGGCGAGGAGGUCUUCUGGGAUCAUUGCAGACUACAAACAGAUCUGCUCUCAGCUCACUCUGCGUCUGGAGAGGCAGCAGGCUGCUCACAGAAACCAACUGGAUGCUCUCAAGAAGAGCACAAAGACUUGUCCCAGCUGUCGCCACCUUAUAGAGUCGCUCACUCCAGAGGAUGACUCUGAAAACUCACAGACUGAACGAGACCAAGAGGAGACAAAGACUGAGGGAGCUCCUGAGCAGAAGGAACGGAUCAGGGAGGACCAGGAGGAGGAGUCCCUGAAGACUCAGGUCCGGGAACUGGAACAGGAACUGGCCCAGACCAAACUGCUAAUGGUGGAGGCCAAGUGCAAGAUCCAGGACCUGGAGCAUCAGAAGGGAGUUCUGGCCAACGAUCUCCAGGAAGCAAAGAACAACUGGAUCAGUAAGGCCUUCACGUCUCUGCGGACCUCCGGAGGAGGGGGGCUUCACAGCGUUGGCAUCCACAGAGACGGAGCUCCAGGAGUGGCCUGGAAAAUCCACAGCCCCUCCCUCCCAAAGAAGCUGUCGUGGCCCCACAAAGUCCAGUUUAAACACCUUUGAAAGAGCGCGGACCGGAUCAAGUCUGGACUGUGAACCACCAGCCUUUAAAGCAUUCAUCACUUUAUAUGUAAAUAAUUCUUUAACCUGCAGCUGCUGCCUGUGGCCUCUAGGUGGCAGCCAAGAGCACCGAACUGUCAGGGAGAGUACCUGAGAAAAAAACUGUUUACUGAUUUUACACUGUCGUCACUCAUUAGUUUCUUUAAAUGUUUCAGUCUUUUUAUGAAAAAUGUGUUUCGUUAUUUAAAACCAAACAAACGUACUGUGUAUGUGCUGUUAUUUUAAGUUGCAAGUGUAACACAAACGUACAGUUUGUGACGUAAAGAAACUCGACAC